GUCAGAUUCGCCCGCUUGCACCCAAGCGAACUUCCCGUCCUCUCAAUCGCGCGGACGCCAGGCGCAAGGUUUUUGGCGUGAAAGGCCAAAUGCGACAAAAGAAAAAAAAAAAAAAAAAAACAAAAAUACGCCCUCGGGAUGCAUGAGGCUGCGCUUGUCCUCGGUACCCCGGAAUGGAGUUUGCUUUAAGAAUGCCCGCAUUUCCCGCCGAUCGUGUAGAGUUUCUUCUCAUCCAGCCUCCAAGUUCUUUUUCUUUCCACCUUCACCUUCACAGUGUUUGGUGAGCUCGCUGUGAAACCAUGGCGAACAUUGAACAAGCGGCCCCACAGGCCGGUUACACUGAUGAUCGUGCCAGCAUGACUGAGAAGGGUCGCGUCGUGCGGACUUUGGUCGAGGCCGACCUGCUGGAUGAUCGUUAUGAGACAACUCAGCGUGGUCUGAAGAGUCGCCAUGUCCAACUGAUGGCCCUGGGUGGUACCAUCGGAACAGGUCUCUUCGUUGGAUCCGGUCAGUCGCUUGCUACCGGAGGUCCGGCCUCCCUCCUCAUGGGUUACAUCUUCAUCUCGGCCAUGGUCUAUGGACUGGUCACCGCCAUCGCCGAGAUUGGUGCUUACCUCCCCGUUCACGGUGGUACCAUGAGUUACCACGGUUUCCGAUAUGUCUCGCGCAGCAUGGGUUUCGCCAUGGGUUAUCUCUACUGGUACUCGCUCGGUAUUCUAGUGCCAUACGAGAUCACAGCUGCCGGUCUGGUUAUUGGAUAUUGGGAUACCAACGGCACCAUCAAUAUCGCCGUGUGGAUCACCAUCAUGAUGCUCGUGAUUAUUGCCCUGAAUUUCCUACCUGUGCGCUUCUACGGUGAAUCCGAGUUUUGGUUCUCGGGAAUCAAGAUCAUCACCUUGAUUGGUCUGCUCAUGGUAUCCUUCAUCCUGUUCUGGGGUGGUGGUCCCAACCGCCAGCGUCUGGGUUUCCACUACUGGAAAGACCCGGGUUCGUUUAACGAGUACCUGGUAAAAGGAGACGCUGGUCGUUUUGUCGGCCUGCUCAAGUGCACUGUGUCCAGCGCCAUCGCGUUCAUCUUCGCCCCGGAACUGAUCAUCAUUAGUGGUGGAGAGAUGGAGUCUCCUCGUCGUAACGUGCCUCGCGCCGCCCGCCGCUACAUCUACCGUCUGGUCUUCUUCUACAUUUUGGGUGUCUUGGCCAUCGGUGUCAUUUGCCCGUCCAACGCCUCGCAACUCACCGCCGGUAACGGCACAGUCAAGUCCUCCCCCUUCGUGGUGGGCAUCAAGAACGCCGGUAUCCCCGUCCUGGACCAUAUUGUCAACGCUGCGGUGUUGACUUCUGCCUGGUCCGCCGGAAACUCCUUCCUGUACAUGUCCUCCCGAUCCCUGUACUCCCUCGCCAUAUCCGGCAACGCGCCCAGCAUCUUCAAGACCUGCAACCGCUGGGGUGUUCCCUACUACGCGGUCAGCGUUUCAGCCUGUUUCUCGGCCUUGGCCUACCUCUCCGUCGGCAACUCCAGUUCCAUCGUCUUCAACUGGUUCAUCAACUUCACCAACACCUCCGGAUUCAUCUCGUGGAUUUGCUGCUGCGUCGUCUUCUUCCGCUUCCGCAAGGCCGUCGCCGCCCAGGGCAUUGAACAACCCUACAAAUCCCGCCUGCAACCGUACGGCGCGAUCUUCGGUAUGGCCGGUGCCACACUGAUGAUGCUGAUCAAUGGUUUCACCGUAUUCUUCCCGUCCGAGUGGUCCGUCAGCAACUUCUUCACCGCGUAUAUCGGUAUCCCCGCCUUUUUGAUCUUGUACUUUGGUCACCGCUUCCUGUACUGGAGUGACCCCUGGGCCUGGCGCCCGGAGGAGGUGGACAUGCACACUGGAUUGCAGGAGAUUAUUGAUGCGGAGUUGCCGGAGAGGCAGCGGGGUGCUUGGUGGAAGUUUUGGUAAUCCUAAUAGCCUGAGAAAUUGAAUUUGAGAAUAAUGAGGACGGACGAUAGGAUGCGUGGAUAGUUUUGGCGUUGAAGUUUGAUACCACUCUACUUGAAGUUGAAUUGUAAUGAGA